UCCUCUCCCUUCUCCCCCAAAAAUUCACUUAUUCUUCUCUCAAAUUCUGUAGAUAGAAAACCAAAAUAAGCACUUAUUAUUCGCUUAUUAUCUCCUGUAUUAUUACAACGUUUACAUAAACAAACUCAAGAUUAUGGCUUCUUCUAUUGCACAUACAAACUCAAAUGUUUCCACUAAAAUGACAAAAAGAGAGAGGACUCACUGUGCUUUGAACUCUCCUUCAAUGCUUACUUUCCCAAAACAACCCUUUCACACAGAUGUAAUUACACCGCCGAAGAAGAUAACAACUCAGCCGCCGCCGCCGCUGGAGCUGCAGUGGAAUAUAUUACAGAAAGCGGCAGCGAAGGCUUUAGACGCGGUGGAAGCUGCCUUGGUGUCACGUGAGCUACAGCAUCCACUUCCUAAGACUGCUGACCCGCGUGUUCAAAUCGCCGGAAAUUUUGCUCCGGUGGAUGAACAGCCGGUGAAGCAUGAACUUAUCGUCACUGGAAAAAUCCCGGAAUGCAUUAAUGGAGUUUAUGUGCGAAACGGUGCCAACCCUUUACAUGAGCCAGUUUCUGGCCACCACCUUUUCGACGGCGACGGCAUGAUCCAUGCAGUGACCAUUGACGGCGGCAACUCAGUGAGCUACGCUUGCCGAUUUACAGAAACACAAAGGCUGACUCAAGAACGUGAAUUAGGGCGGCCAGUGUUCCCAAAAGCCAUCGGAGAACUCCAUGGCCACUCCGGCAUCGGCCGGCUUCUUCUCUUCUACGCCCGAGGCCUAUUCGGGCUAAUUGAUCAUAGCCACGGCACAGGAGUAGCAAACGCCGGUUUAGUUUACUUCAAUAAAAGACUCUUAGCCAUGUCUGAAGAUGAUCUUCCCUAUCAAGUGCGGAUCAAAUCCUCCAGAGAUCUCGAAACAAUAGGCCGAUAUGAUUUUAAUCACCAAUUGAAAAGCACCAUGAUUGCACACCCCAAGAUUGAUCCCAUCUCCGGCGAGCUCUUCGCUUUAAGCUACGACGUCAUUCAAAAACCAUAUCUCAAGUACUUCAAGUUCUCCGCCGAUGGAAAGAAGUCACCGGACGUCGAAAUUCCGUUGGAUGUUCCGACCUUGAUGCAUGAUUUUGCGAUCACUGAGAAUUACGUAGUAAUUCCCGAUCAGCAAGUGGUGUUCAAGCUUCAAGAAAUGAUCAAAGGUGGCUCCCCGGUGAUUUACGACAAGAACAAGAAAUCAAGGUUCGGGAUUUUAUUAAAGAAUGCUAAAGAUGCUAAGGAUAUUACAUGGGUGGAUUGCCCAGAAACCUUUUGUUUUCACUUAUGGAAUGCUUGGGAGGAGCCGGAGAAUAACGAAAUCGUCGUCAUUGGUUCUUGCAUGACUCCACCGGACUCGAUCUUUAACGAAUGCGACGAAAAUUUGAAGAGUGUUUUGUCGGAAAUCCGCUUAAAUUUGAAGACCGGUGAAUCGAAAAGACGGCCUAUCAUUCAAUCCUCGGAACAGAUGAACCUAGAAGCCGGUAUGGUUAACCGGAACCGGCUUGGUCGGAAAACCAAGUACGCAUAUCUAGCAAUUGGGGAACCAUGGCCUAAAGUUUCGGGAUUCGCCAAAGUCGACAUCUCCACCGGAGAAGUUCAAAAAUUCGUCUACGGUGAUUGUAAAUACGGGGGUGAGCCGUUCUUCGUACCAAGGGAUUUAACUUCUGAUAGUGACAGUGAAGACGACGGGUAUAUUCUUGCAUUCGUGCACAACGAAAAGACAUGGAAAUCUGAGCUGCAGAUCAUAAAUGCUAUGACUUUACAACUUGAAGCCACAGUAAAGCUUCCAUCAAGAGUCCCAUACGGGUUCCACGGGACAUUCAUAAGUUCGAAAGACUUAGAAAAUCAAGUGUAGUACAUAUACUAUUCAUGGAGGAGGGAUAGGCCAGAGGGAUGGAAGAUUCAGAGGAAAGUCCCCGGCCGGGUUCCUCUUUCAACAACCGUUUUGAUCUUUUCUUCUACCUUCUUUGGGAUAGAUUAUUACUCUGUUCUUAAGGAGCCAAGCUUGCAGCUUUGAUGUAUGUAGAAUCAAUGGAGCUCAGCUGGUUUCUGUUUCUUUUUGUUUUUUAUCCUUUAUUUUCUGAGACGCCAUAACUAUGCUUGUGAACUAUUGAGUCUCCAUCUCUAAUAUUAUUCACGAGCACGUUUUAUAAUUUGUAAGAUUUCACUCGUCUUACCAAAUAAGUCAUUAUAAAAUUUACAAUAAAAA